AAGUUUGACUUUAUCUCGGUGGAUAACUUGUUUGUCAUAGAUUAUGGAUUAAAGUUAUGUUGGAAUAGCAGUACAUGUGUUUUGGACGCAGCAAUAUUAAAUAGAACGGAAAUAUCUACCCAAGUAUGCACAUGGGACAAAAGUUUCCAAAUGAAAGAUUUCUCGCUUUCAACAUGGAAAGAAGAUCAUGGAUUAGGUCCAAAUGAAAACAUAGAAGGGUUAUUGUCAGACCAACUUUUCGAACACCUUGAACUAUCACAAUACUUAGCAUCGCAAUGCACAAAAGAUUAUUUCAAGUCUUUCAUGAUAGCUACGGAGUGCUCUCAGGAUGUACCUCGCUGGUUUGAGGACAACGACGAUUUAUUCUGUGGAUUUCAGAGUUCUUGUUCAAACAUAUCUUGUUGUGUGAUGCUGAAGUCUCUCGGGCGGUCAUUUACAGUUAAUGUUGACAUUCGACCUUGUGAAUUUCAAAUGUUUAUUGCUAUUGAGAAGUUACAGAAAGUUGUUCCAUUAAGUGGCUAUAAUUGGGGUACAGCUGACACAAUUUCUCUUUCUGGCAUAAUUUCUAUGAAAUAUGCAAUUUAUGAUGUUUCCGCUGAAAAUGUCUUCAUCAUCGAUUUAGAAAUAUCCGUUUGUCCCGACGCUAUAUCGGCGUGCUUGUUUGAUGGUAUCAUCUUGAACAAACAAAGAAUUAAGAAAGAACAAUGCAACUGGGAAGAUACUUCUAUCGAUGCAGAUUUCAAUCUCACUAGCUGGAUGUAUAACAGGGGAUUAGACUUAGAUGCGUUUUCUGUACACGGGACGCGAUAUUUAAUGGAAACGCUUGGGAUUGACACACUUCUUCUUCAGCCGUCCUGUAAUUUGCAAGAUAGAAUAUAUGAAGAAGAUGUAUUAGAUACAGACUGUUCCAUGGCAAAACCCUUUUCAUCCUUGAUGCCUUUAGCAGCUUGUCGACUAUCAUCAGAAUGUACUCAUUUGGAGUGCUGUUUAGAUACGCCAUAUGUCAAUCAACAUUUCAAAGUUGAAUUCGACUUUGACCCUUGCAAUUACAAAUAUACAAUAAUCAUUGAACAAUUUAGAUAUGAGAAUAACCUCUUCAAUGUUGACCUCGCAACAGAGCAUACAUUUUCUUUACUCGGAGUGGUAUCUCUAAGAUACCGCAUAGAAGAUUUGGAUGUUGAAAGACUUUACAUCGUUAACUUAAGAAUUACGAUAUGUUUGCACAGAACGGUGUGCCCGAUUGACCUUCAGAUAUUACAUGAUACACUAAUAAGAAAGCCCAAUUGCUUCAUGAAACUGAAACAAGAGUACGAAAUAAAAGAUUUUUCCUUAAAGAGAUGGUUGGACAUUUCCAAUGCGAGCUUUCCAGUUUCAAAGAAUGUCGCUUCAGUUUUGAUGAGCCAGCUCGGCAUUACUAAGUAUCUGGAAACUAAUGUUUGUGUUAUUGGUUUAGAACCGUUUAAUCAACUCGGCUGGAAUAGAGAUGCAUGUCCACUCAAUGUUUCCGUUCCGGAUCAGCAGCUGCAAGAUAUUUCCUGUUCAUUGACAACAAAAUGUACUUCAGCUUCUUGUUGUAUACCAAUCCCACUGAUGGAACGAAACAUCAAAGUAUAUAUAGAUGUAGAUCCAUGUGCAUUGACGAUGAUUCUAGGUAUUGAACGGCUUCAAUAUUUCGUCAGUUUGAUCGAUUAUGAUUUUGGCCGAGAAGAGUAUGUUUGGCUUUCAGGAGUAUUUCGACUGAAGUUUACUAUUUAUGACAUAACCAGCAAGAAUGAAUAUCUGGUUUCUCUGACGUUUGAAGAAUGCUGGGAGUCUAAUGAUGUAUGUUCAAACGAGUACAGCAUUUUUAAGAAUCAACGGUUACCAAAACAGAUCUGCAAUUCAGUUAAAGGCUAUACUAUUCCCGAGUUUUCCUUCUCUUCAUGGAUGACAGAUCAUGGACUGAGCACAAAUGCCACGUUAGAUGUAAAACAGAAAAAUCAGCUCCUUGCAGAUUUAGGACUCAGUGCUUAUCUCAAAGAAAAUGAAUGCAUUAUAGAAACACUGACUACUGGACUAUAUCAAAAUGGUUGGAUUAGCGAAUGUCCGUACACAGUUCAACUUCCUCUGUUACUUGACGGCAUACAAUGUACACUCCUAGAUUACUGUACAUCCGUAAGUUGUUGUGUAGCUUUGAAGCAGAUUGGAUAUAACCUUCAAGCAGAUCUUGAUAUAGAUACAUGCAAUCAAAUACUUACAAUAAAAAUAGAACGGCUGAAGAAAGAAAUUAUCUUAAUAGAAUACGAUUAUGGAGCCUUAGAAGAAUUUUGGCUGUAUGGAAUAGCACAUGCCAGGUACCAAGUGUACGACUUACGAGAGGAAAGAAAAUACCUACUCAACAUGAACAUAAGUAUAUGUUUCGAAUCGCAUUUGCCAUGCCUUAACUAUACAGUGUUCCGGAAUACGAAAGUUAAGAAAGUAAAAUGUGACUGGGGAAUGAAAGCGGACAACACAGAAGCAUUUUCAAUAUCUAACUGGAUGAGUAACUUCAAAGAAGACAUAACUAACAUAAGCAAUUUGCCAGCUUAUGCCACUGACGUACUCUAUAACGACAUGGGAGUUGGAGACUUCCUCUCCGAAAGUCAGUGCUUCGUCAAGAUUCAUCCUUUCAGUGUCAAAGGUGGCAUAAAAAAUGAAUGUACCGGAUAUUCAAAGCCUCUAAAUGAUCUAGGUCCGGUUUCUUGUCAUCUAAGCUCUACAUGCAUGUCACUUGAAUGUUGUAUCGACACAGAAUAUCUCCCGAGAACUUUACACACAUUCUUACAAAUAAAUGCAUGCAAGCAAACACUACUUAUUGGUAUUGAGAAAUUCACAUUUGAAAUGGAUUUAGUUAACUACGACUUUGGAACAACUGAAAACUUUUGGCUACAGAAAAUAUUCCGAACUGAUUUCCGGCUCUUUGAUCUGAAGAAGGAAGAAGUAUAUGUUGUUGAUUAUAAUGUCAGUAUUUGCCUUGAGGAUGGGGCAAAAUGCAACAUUAAACAAGUAAUAUUAUCUCAUGCAUUAUUGCCAAAACCACAAUGUGCUCUCAAAGAAGGAUUUAAACAAGAAAACUUCUCUUUCACGGGAUGGAUGACGGAAAAUGGUUAUUCACUCGGAGAUGAAAUAUCUGACUUGGAUUAUUCAAAGUUGAUGGAAGAUCUUGGCUUACCAAGAUAUCUUAAGGUUUCUGAAUGCAACAUGUCAAGUAUUACUGACAAUGAAACGUCAGUGUGCGCCUUAAGAUCACACAUGGUCGACUUUCCCCACCAACUUAACUGCUACCUACCAACAUGCAAUGAUAUUAAAUGCUGUCUAUCUGUUGAGCCUAUCAGAAGAAACUUCAUGAUAAGUUUCAGUGUGGAUCCCUGCAAGAACAUGCUAUCUAUUGAGGUAGAAGAACUCAAAGUUCAGAUGUCACUAAGUGAUUUCGAAUGGAACAAAGAGCAAGAAGUGUACUUGAAAGGUGUUAUAAAAGUGAUGUUUAUAUUGGAUAAUCUGAACGGACAAAAUGCUUUUGUGUUAUCACUCCAAGUUAAAGCUUGUCUUGAAUUUAAUACUAUAUGCUACUUUGAAAAGAACAUCUUCAACAAAGUGAAAAUUUCUAAGCGGUUUUGCGACUAUUCUGCAUCUAUUUCAUCUUUCCCUAUAGAAGAAUUUUCACUCUUGGAGUGGAAGCUGCAAAAUAAUCUCCCGACUGACAUGCCUCUUUCAAAUCCAUUUUCUGCUAUAUUGCUUGAAGACUUGGGCUUAUCGAUGUACUUAAGUGAAACACCAUGUCAAAUGAAUCACACAGAAUAUAGUUAUGGUUGGAAAAACAGUUGCCCUCACAUAAAGACGUCACACUUGCCAGAAAGCGUAGAAUGUUCUAUAGACAGCACAUGUUCCAAACUAGAAUGUUGUUUAUCAGUGAUUGCUGUUAACAGAAAUAUUAAAUUUGAGUACGAUAUUGAUGUCUGUGAAUCAAUAGUGGAAGUCAGUAUUGAAAAUUUACAGAUGAAACACUCGCUCUUCCAUUUUCCCUGGGGCGAAACAAAAAGGUUGAACUUUGGUGGCAUUGUUCGCUUAGACUUUUCCUUUUCUGAUCUACCAAAUGAAAAGAAGAUAAUGUCGAGUGCGUCAUUCAAUGUUUGUUUUGAGUCGUCCUCACCUUGUAUAUUACAGACAAAUAUACUUGAUAAAGUUAUCUUUCCUAAGGAAUCAUGCAAAUGGAAUAGAGGUUAUAUCAUAGACGAUUUCUCUCUGCAACAAUGGAUAUCGCAGGAAGGUCUCACACAAGGCAUUCCAUUAGAUGAGUACUACACUGCAAAAUUAUUAGAAACACUAAACGUUGCUCCGUUCUUAAUGAAAGAUUCCUGCAUGGUAAAUGUAUCAAGUAAUACGUCAUGGACCUCUGAGUGUCCUAGAAGUCUCACUACCGGGAUGCAUACUUUGCCAAACACGAUGCAUUGUGUUAUUGGUCAGAGCUGUACUGAAGUUGAAUGCUGUAUUGGACUAGAAAUACUGAACAGAACAUUCAAAACUCAAGUAACCAUUGACUCAUGUGCAUAUCAGAUGACAUUUGCUGUUGAAAAUUAUAAACAUAGUAAACAAUUGUUCAAUUAUACGUGGGGGAAAACAGAACAGAUGUGGCUCUAUGGUGUUGUUCGAAUAAGCGUAUCCGUUUAUGACCUUGGUGGGGAAGGCAAAUACAUUGUCAACAUGAAUAUAAGUGUUUGUCUAGAGGCAAAUGCAGCUUGUCAAGUCAAUGUUCAAGUUCUGGAAAACGCAAUUCUUCCAAAGCUCGAUUGUGAUUGGAAUGUUAAUUUUGCUGAUGCAGACUUUGAUUUGGAUACAUGGUUUCUACGACAUGGUCUAUCAUCAGAAGAGGAUUUGACACAAGAAUACACCCUGAUACUCUACAACGACCUCAAUUUAUCUCCCUUUAUUGGAGAAGAAGAAUGUAUGAGUGGUAGCAACAGCACAUUAAACGUUUCGGCAUUAGGCUGGACUAAAGAAUGCCUAUAUGAUAUUGAUUUACCUCAACUGCCUGAGUCUACAGUGUGUAGAGUGCCAACGUUUUGUACAGGAAUUGAAUGUUGCUCAGUAGUAAAACUUCUUAGAAGAAAUAUCAACACAUACAUCUUUGUACACUCGUGUUUGAAUCGUCUUGAAAUUGGUAUAGAACGGAUGAAAUACACAGUUGAUCUGAGUGGCUUCGAAUUUGGAACGGAGAAAAUUGUCAGCUUACAAGGGGUUUUCAAUCUUAGAUUCUCGAUUGAAGACUUGAAAAAUGAGGGUGUUCUGCUAAUGACCUUGGAUAUCAAUAUCUGUUUCUCUACAAAGAAACCGUGUACUGAAAGUAUAUCAAUAUUUGAAAAUGCAAAACUUCAGAAACCUGUCUGCGAUUUAAACACUGGAUACAAAAUUAAAGAUUUCUCAAUGAAAGAAUGGCUAAUUAACAAUGGACUUGAAGCCGGAAAUAUUGAGGCUUUACCACUUUCAAUGUUAUAUGAGGAGCUUGGAAUAUCAACUUACCUUUCUGAAGAUAUUUGUAAUAUUCCAGAACACGUACAAAACUGGGAAAAAGAAUGUCCACUAGAUGUUGAUGUACCAGUACUGCCGGAACAUGUUUACUGCAGGCUCGAAACGUUUUGCAACGCCGUUGACUGUUGUAUAAAUUCUGAACUGCUUCAGCGUACUUUUGCUCUAACUCUAAAAGUGGAUCCAUGUGAUAUGAUACUUACAAUCGCUAUAGAAAAACUGCAAUUCGAAAUAUCACUGUUUGAGUACUCGUGGGGUUCGGAAAAUAUGUUUGACUUGUUCGGUGUAAUACGAAUGAGAUAUUCUGUUGAUGAUCUGCACAUUGCUAGAAUGUACCUCUUGAAUGUAGAAAUUGCUGUUUGCCUUGAAUCCAACGGCCAGUGCGAAACGGUUGUUUCUGUUUUUAACCAUACUCUACUCAACAAACGUCUAUGCAAUCUGGAUCCAGGGUUUGCUAUUCAAAAUUUUUCACUUGCUCACUGGCUUACUGCUAAGGGCUAUCCGUUCAAUAGUUACCUUGGUGAUGACGUCACAACAGAGCUUCUCGAAGUUUUAGGUAUCAUCGGAUAUUUAAAUGAAAUACAGUGUGAUAGGAAAUCUCAGCCCUAUUCUCCGUCUGCAAAUGGAUGGAAAAAAAGUACGUAA